CCGGUUCCGGUGGCGGUCGGACUUGUGUCCCUGCAAGUGGCGCCAUGGCGGGGAGCCGCCUGGAAACUGUGGGCAGUGUUUUCACGAGGACCCGGGACCUGCUCCGGGCGUCGGUGUUGAAGGAGAAGCCCCUGUGGUAUGACGUCUACAAGGCCUUUCCGCCGCUGAAGGAGCCGGUGUUCCAGAGGCCUCGCUUGCGUUACGGCAAAGCCAAAGCUUCCAUUCAGGACAUCUUUUACCACGAGGAUCGGAUCAGAGCGAAAUUUUAUUCUACCUAUGGAUCUGGUCCAAAAGCUUUUGAUCUGUUCAAUCCUAACUUCAAGUCUACCUGUCAACGAUUUGUGGAGAAGUAUUUUGAAUUGCAGAAUCUUGGAGAAACAGAUGAAGAGAAGUUAUUUGUGGAAGCAGGGAAGGCUUUAUUGGCAGAAGGUAUCAUUUUAAGACGAAUAGGAGAAGCAAGGACUGUAAAUGUCAGACCCCAGACUGGGUUGGAAGGGAACCAGCCUCAGAAAGAAGUUCCAGACCAGCAUUUGGAGACCCCCGAAGAGCAGCUGAAAGGUCUCUCUCCUUCUUGAAGGGUGUGCGUACAGUGCAUACUGACAGCCACACAGUGCCCGCUGGAUGAAUGCUGAGCUAUUUUUAAUAGUGGAACUGUGUAAAUACUUCUUGAUCUCUAAGGCAUAUGUUUGCCUUCUCUUCCCAUUUCUGGGUUGGCAGAAAACUCCAUAUCAUGGUUGGAAAGAAGCAGUUUUGUGAACUUUUACUUUAGGACAUUACUAAAUAAAAGAUUCCCUAGCUGCUUUUAAAGUAAAUUGUAAAUUUGAAAUUGUAAAUAACACGAAGCCUUUAUAAAGAUUAUUUGAUGAGCCUCUUCCUGAUGUGGUGUGCUCAGAUGUGUCUAUCAGCCUGUGGGCUGGCUACAUCUGGGCUGGUAUGAAUCUUACUGGGUCCUUCUGACUUUUGCCUGCACACAUGGUGUGUGAGAGGCUGAGUUUGACUUGUGUUUUGCAUUCAGAGCCAGGACCCGUCAGUGGUAAGGAGAAAAGACCAAAAGUAACUUUUACCUCCCGAAUGGAGUGUGUUGGUGAUAAUUGGCAUAGGCCUGCAGCAGGUAGGAUGCCCAGUAAAUACUUGCUGAAAGAAUAAAUGGAUGAAUGAUUAUACCCAG